GAUGGUGAAAUGACAUAAGUGACGUGAAUUGAAAUUUUCGAACGUACCCACUCUUAUCAGUAGCUCUGCAGGAGCACGUGCUAAACAAUGAGCAGGAUUGUUCGACUGUAGCUUUUGGCUGAAAAGGAAAAAAGUGCGUGGUGAAAUUCGUUGUGAAUCGCGGUGGUGGUGUCGACCGGAACCAACCCCUUUGGAAAAUUAAGAAAACGCAAAAAUUUUUAUUAAUUGUAAUAGUCUAAUUUCGGCAGCGGUUUUGCUUUUAAACGGUUUUUUGAAACGAAAAGAGAAUGGCACUCGGCUCGGCAGUUAACGAAGAAGACUUAAACCUGAAAAAUAAAUCGGCCGCCGGCGAUAACGAGAAGAUUCGAGAGGAGUCCGAUAAGAAAAACGAUGAAAACUCCAAAGAAAACAACGAAUUAAAAAUAAAUGGAGUUUCCGACGAUCAAUCCUCAUCAGAAAAUGAAAAAGAUAAAGAUGCGGAUGAAUCAAAGAACAAAGAUGAAGUCGUUUUCAUCCAAGAUGUGGGUUUUUCCGUAAAAAUCGUAAGUCCAGGUGCGGAACCAUUCGAUAUCCAAGUUUCCAGCAUGGAAUUGGUCCAAGAAAUCCAUCAAUUAUUAAUGGAUCGUGAAGAUACUUGUCACCGAACUUGUUUUUCGCUCCAGUUAGAUGGAAAUACCUUGGAUAAUUUCGCUGAAUUGAAAAAUGUUGAAGGAUUGAAGGAGGGUUCGAUUAUUAAAGUGGUUGAGGAGCCGUACACGAUGCGCGAGGCUCGAAUUCACGUCAGACACGUUCGUGAUCUUUUAAAAUCCUUAGAUCCUGCCGAUGCUUAUAACGGGGUUGAAUGUAAUUCUUUGAGUUUUUUGAACACGGUGACGCAAGGGGAUAUUUUGGAAAAGAAAAAAAUGCGGCCGGAAAGCGUUGAUUGUACUCCUCCUGAUUACAUUAUGCCCGAAGGAAAAGAUAGGCCGUUAAGCGCGUUACAACCGCAACACAAAGAUCAAAAAGUUCCUCAAAGCGUCAAAGUGUUAACUACUUCUGCGUGGAAUCCACCACCGGGACACCGAAAAAUUCAUGGUGAUUUAAUGUAUUUGUAUGUUGUUACUUUGGAAGAAAAACGUUACCAUAUCUCAGCUUGUUCAAGAGGUUUUUAUAUUAACCAGUCAUCAGAUGAUGAAUUUAAUCCUAAACCAGCAACUCCUAGUCACUUGUGCCAUUCGUUAAUUGAGCUGCUUAAUCAAAUAUCGCCUAUGUUCAAACGUCACUUUGCUAUUUUACAAAAGAAACGCAGCCAAAGACAUCCUUUUGAACGGGUCGCAACACCUUAUCAAAUUUAUAGUUGGACAGCACCUAUACUCGAUCAUACAAUCGAUGCGAUUCGUGCUGAAGAUACGUUUUCUUCGAAAUUGGGUUAUGAAGAACAUAUACCGGGACAAACUCGCGAUUGGAACGAAGAACUUCAAACAACCAGAGAACUGCCCAGAAAAACCCUUCCAGAACGUUUAUUACGCGAAAGAGCUAUUUUUAAAGUUCACAGCGAUUUUGUCGCUGCAGCAACUCGAGGUGCUAUGGCGGUCAUCGAUGGUAACGUAAUGGCCAUAAAUCCGGGUGAAGAAGCCAAAAUGCAAAUGUUUAUAUGGAACAAUAUAUUUUUUUCGCUUGGUUUUGAUGUUAGGGAUCAUUAUAAAGAAUUAGGCGGCGACGCUGCCGCUUUUGUAGCACCAAGAAAUGAUUUACAAGGUGUUCGCGUGUAUAGCGCUGUAGAUUUGCCUAAUUUGUAUACAUUAGGAACAGUUGUUAUAGAUUAUCGUGGAUAUAGAGUUACCGCACAAUCAAUUAUACCAGGAAUACUUGAAAGAGAACAAGAACAAUCUGUUGUGUAUGGAUCUAUUGAUUUUGGAAAAACGGUUCUUACACAUCCUAAAUAUUUGGAAUUAUUAAAUAAAGCUGGUCAACAAUUGAAAAUUUUACCACAUCACGUAAUUAAUGAUAAAGCCGAAUCUGUUGAACUUUGUUCUAGUGUAGAAUGUAAAGGAAUUAUAGGAAAUGAUGGUAGAUAUUACAUUUUAGAUCUUUUAAGGACGUUCCCACCCGAUGUAAAUUUCUUGAAACUCGAUGAAGAUUUAAGUAAAGAAUCUAAAAUCUUGGGCUUCCCAAUUGAGCACAAACACAAAUUGUGCUGUUUGAGACAAGAAUUAAUCGACGCUUUUGUCGAUUCGAGAUACAUGAUGUUUAUAAAAUACGCAGCGUACCAUCUGCAACAACUAAACUUGCAGAAAAACGAAGAGGUCAAUAAUAAAGAGAAAUCGAUCGAAGCAGCCAAACCAGAUGAAAAUGAUGAAGAGAAAAAGAAGAAUAACUUUGAAACGGAGGAGGCAAAGAAAAUGGUCGAAAGCAUCACCGACGGAACGAAAUUAGAAUGUAAAAAUGUGGAAGAAAGCACAAAGAACAUAGUAAAAACGGCAGCUGUCGCAGUAGGUUCAUUGAAAGACACAGAGUUCGAUAUUCGUUUUAACCCUGAUGUAUAUUCACCAGGCAUUCGUCAUUGCGAAAAUUUAGAUCCACCAAUUUCGAAACAAAGACAACUGGUUAAGGAUGCAGCUGAAUAUUUACUUACAGUACAAAUACCAACAUUUAUUAGGGAUUGUCUCGAUCACUCAUCAGCCCCAAUGGAUGGUAUGACAUUAUCGGAAGCGAUGCAUAAUCGCGGCAUCAACAUGAGAUAUCUCGGUAAACUCUGUAACCUCCUUUCCAAAGUGAAACAACUCGAAUAUUUACACAGCAUAGCCACAGGAGAGAUUAUUUUAAGAGCCGCGAAGCAUCUUUUUACCACAUAUCUUCAAAGUACCGAAAUGAUGUAUCUAUCAGUUGCGAUUGCUCACUUUUUAAAUUGCUUUUUAUAUUCGGGAACGAUUAAUAACCCUAUGCAAGGUGUAGACGAAUUUCAAUCAAGAAAUAACAGAAAACGUAGUAAACGCCGCGGAAGAAAUAACCCGCUCGUAGCCAACGAUAGCAAUGAAUGGGCUAAUUUAACACCGAAAUCGUUGUGGACGCAACUCAAAGCUGAAUUAAAAGCUUACUUUGAUUACGAUCUUUCUGCAACGGAUGUGGAGGCGGUUAUUGAAACAUACUCAUUGCAAAAAGCCACAUUAUUGCGUUCAUUUUGUCUUAAAACCGGCGUACAAAUUCUUCUUCGCGAUUACAACUUCGACUCGAAAAAUAAAUUAAUUUUUUAUGAAGAAGACAUCUUGAACAUUUUCCCCAUCGUAAAACACAUCAAUCCGCGCGCUACCGAUGCUUAUAACUUUUAUACAACCGGUCAAAACAAAAUUCAACAAGGCUAUUUGAAGGAUGGUUAUGAAUUGAUAAGUGAAGCAUUAAAUCUUCUUAAUAACGUAUAUGGGGCUAUGCAUCCAGAGAUCGCACAGUGCCUUAGAAUGAUCGCCCGUUUAAAUUAUAUUAUGGGCGAACACUCGGAAGCGAUGGCUUAUCAACAGAAAGCUGUGUUGAUGUCGGAGAGAGUUAAUGGAAUCGAUCAUCCAUAUACUAUAACUGAAUAUGCUCAUUUGGCGUUGUAUUGUUUUGCAAACAGUCAAGUUAGUACUGCUUUGAAAUUAUUAUAUAGAGCAAGAUAUUUAGCGUUGAUUGUUUGUGGAGAAAAUCACCCUGAAGUAGCGCUAUUGGAUAGUAAUAUAAGUUUAAUAUUACACGCUGUAGGAGAAUAUGAGUUGUCAUUAAGAUUUUUAGAAAAAGCUCUCGCCCUAAACAUAAAAUACUUCGGUGCAAAGUCAUUAAAAGUGGCUGUAAGUUAUCAUUUGGUGGCUAGAACCCAAAGUUGUAUGGGUAACUUCCGUUCGGCGUUGAAUAACGAAAAGGAAGCUUACACAAUUUACAAGCAACAAUUGGGUGACAAUCACGAAAAGACCAAAGAGUCCUCCGAGUGCCUUAAGCAUCUCACUCAACAAGCCGUCGUUUUGCAAAAGAAAAUGAACGAAAUCUAUACGGGGAAAAACGGCGGAACUUUGCCGCCGAUUCAAAUUCAACCGCCUUCGAUGGGUUCCGUUUUGGACAUGUUGAACGUGAUCAACGGGAUUUUAUUCGUGCAGAUCAGCCAGGAGGACAUUGAAAACUUCAAGGCGGAGAUUGAGAAGCGACAGCUAGCGGAAGAAGUUACCAAUGGCGAAGAGUGCAAGGCGAAACAAGAGGUUAAAGUCCGUUGACUUUUUUAGAUCUGUACGCGGUCUUGUUAUUAGUACACAUGUAGUUGCGAAAUUAAUUGGUGUGUGUGUUGAUGACCAUUUUUUCUAGUUACUUUUGUAAUUGAAAUUUUGGUGGUUUACAUACGCGUGUAUACUUUCUCACCUAUUUCUGAAGGUGCAAUUUUUGUAUGUUAGUUUUUGUAAUGUUUCAUUUUCUUUUUUUUGUUAAAAUAAUAAAAUUUAGACAUUAAA